UGCAGGGGAUGACCAGAGACUGCGGACACGGUGCAGGGGAUGACCAGAGACUGCGGACACGGUGCAGGGGAUGACCAGAGACUGCGGACACGGUGCAGGGGAUGACCAGAGACUGCGGACACGGUGCAGGGGAUGACCAGAGACUGCGGACACGGUGCAGGGGGAUGACCAGAGACUGCGGACACGGUGCAGGGGAUGACCAGAGACUGCGGACACGGUGCAGGGGAUGACCAGAGACUGCGGACACGGUGCAGGGGAUGACCAGAGACUGCGGACACGGGGAUGACCAGAGACUGCGGACACGGUGCAGG